AUGGCAGAAGAUAUCAAGAGGAAAAUCAAGAACUAUCAGACUGCCCCUUUUAUAGCCAGUAUCAACCAGCAUCAAACCCAGAACAGCUGGCAGAACUAUCUGGACUUCCACUGCUGCCAGAAGGUGUUGAGCGCCAAAGGGUGUGACGUCCCCAUGUGCAAAUGGUACUGGUGUGUGUAAAAGUCCAUAUGCCCCUUCUCUUGAGUGUCGAUUUGGGAUGACCACUGGGCAGAAGGCACGUUUCCUGGAAAGAUCCAAACCGGCUCCACCCCUUCUGUUUUCCGUCCUUUUCCCAAGAUGUUGAAGAGGGACCAGGGCACCUGGGGAUUCCCACCCUGGGAUCCAUGAUCAUGACUUAACUAAUAAAUACUGAAAACCCCAA